GAGACUCGCCGGACUUGCGCUGGGCAAUGCCCAGCACGACUUGCAGUGCUGUGGGUUGCAGCAACAAUUCGGUGCGAAACCCGGAGCUGCAGUACCACCAGUUUCCGAGAGAUCAGAAGAGGCGCAAGGUGUGGGUCGAUGCCGUUCGCCGGACAGACUUCGGAAGACCUUGGACUCCGAGCUCCAACGCGAAGCUCUGCUCCGAGCACUUCGCGCCAGACAGCUACGCGCGGGAUCUGCGGCUGCUGUCUGCCGCGGGUUUCUCAACGAAACACGCGUCUUUGAAGAAGGAUGCGGUGCCCUCGCUAUUUGCGUACCGUCCACCGGCUGCCCCAGCACGAGCGGCCUACUACAAACGGCAGCGAAUCGAGAUUGUGAACGAAGCCCUAGCUGCCGGACCGAGCGCUGCGGCUUGCGCCCCACCGGCGGAUGCCUGCUCUACGCCAGAGGCUGCCGAUGACGGCGACGCAUUUGCUGCCCGGGCGAGCGCCCCACCGGGAGACGCCUCUACCGCAGAAGCUGCCGAAGGCGGUGUCAUGGAGCUCGACAGCGCGAUGGACGUGGACGAAGGAAUCGCUGCCGGGCUGAGCGCCGCGGCUUGCACCUCUCCCGGGAGUACCUCCACCCCAGAAGCUGCCGAAGCCGAAGUCGUGGAGCUGGGCAGCACGACGGACGUCGCUGGGCCCGACACCGUUGAAGCCAGCGUCGCAACCAGCGUCGACGCAACAUGUAGCGACAUGGGAACACAGAUGCCAACAGCGAUCUGCUGUGGCAGAGCAGUGGUGGUCUCUGUAGUGCAUUGCCACAAGUGUACAGCCAUACAACCAUCACAAGUCAACUGCUCCGACAAGUCGUCGCAGACAAUGCCCGACCUGGUCGACACUUCGACAGAGACUUCGAAUUCUGUCCCUGUCAACAUUGUCUGUGGCAAGCUGGGCAAGGAACCACCUCCAGUGCCUGGUAACCGAAGCCCCCCUAGCCUGGAAGAAGAGGGUUCCGACUCGGAGAGUGAUUCCGAGGACGACAUCUCCGAGGAUGACAGACAAGACCCGACGUACUCUCCAGACGAGGGCGACACCGACAGCUCGGGAGAGGACUCUGCUGAUGAGUCAGAAGAACUCAACAUAACUGGGGAGGCCGCAGACCCUGUUGCGGAGCCCAAGUUCAUAGUGCCACUGUCCAGAUUGCUGCAGCUGCUCGCAGUCUGCUUUCAGUGCCUUUGUCCUACCACGGCGAAGAUAAGUCGACAGGGCCCCCUUCUUCGGGCUGUGGUCACUUGUGUGCAAGGACACAAGUUCAUUUGGGAGAGCCAGCCCAGAUUGAGGAGCAGGCCACUGCUGGCCCUCCUGCUCUGUGGGGCCAUCACGUUCUCGGGCGCAAGUCCAACGUGCGUUUUGCGCCUCCUGAGCCUGAUCGGAAUCGCCACUGUUCAAAAGUCGCAGUACUUCAGGAUUCAAAGCGCCUUCCUGUUCCCUGCAGCAUUGAAAGUCUGGAAAGCAGAGCAGGCGCAGCUUGUUCAGGGGCUGCAGGGCAAAACGCUGUGCCUGGCUGGGGACGGACGGGCGGACUCCCCUGGCUAUUCCGCGAAGUACGGGACGUACAGCCUGAUGGAGAUGAACCUCAAGCGCAUAAUUCAUUUUGAGCUGGUCCAGUCGACCGAAGUGAAGUCCAGCUCCCACAUGGAGAAGGAAGGUCUGAGGCGCGGCCUAGACAAUUUGCUCAACGAGGGACUGAUCGUUGGAACGCUAAUUACGGACCGCCACAUAGGCGUCAAGGCCAUGAUGACGACUGACUACCCCAACACCAAGCACCGCUUCGACGCAUGGCAUCUUGCAAAAGGUGUCAUAAGCAAGGUGACUGCAGCAGGCAAGGGAAGAAAUAAGAUUCUUCUUUCCUGGGUGAAGUCGAUUCGGUCGCAUGUGUAUUGGUGUGCACAGACAAGUGGGGAUAAUGGGGACUUGAUCCUUGCGAAAUGGUGCUCCCUCAUGCGGCACGUGGCCAACAUUCAUCUGCACCAAACCCCCCUCUACCCUGCCUGCUCUCAUGGUGACAUUGGUGACCGGUGGUGGCUGCAGGAAGGCAAGUUCAGCAAACACUUUUACAACACCUUCAAAUUUGAUUGCUUUGCUGAGCUCCCAUAGAGGCUUGUCGACUACCCUUGCUUCUUUGCUUGCUUCAUCAAUCGCAUUAAAACUUGGGUCAAUCCACCGCAUCACCUUUGGAACCAUUGAAUAGUGUCUCAUCGUCAAAAUUACAGCAAAAUGCAUCGCCCAAUCAACUUUUGAGAUAGUUUGAAUAAAUUAAUGAGAGAAGCUGAGCAACAAAUAGAAAGUGUGAUGCAGGAGAGGUUUAUCCCAUGCCACCCCAAAACACUGAAUGUGCGCCUUCAAAGAAACAUGCAUAGCCCUCUUGGAAAGUCAAAAUCUUCACUGGCAUACACUGAUCUAGACGACGGUAGAGGCACAUGUGGCGCGCUCUCGCUGAAGAUAUAAAAGCGGUUGCACUGAAUGGCACUAACAUAGACACUUGGAGCGGCAGCGCAACAGGAUUGGGCACUCACUUUUCGCUCGUAGCUGUUUCUUUGCCUGGUUAGCCCACUCUAUAUUUUCACCCGAUUUGCUCUUGAUGUUAGGUGGGCUAUCUCUCGGGGAUUUUACGGUACCCACCUAUGACUGGGGACACAAAUACCAUUCCGCUCAAUGUUUUAUAUCUGUAUUUUUAGAGAUCAACUCGGGAGCAGUAAAUUGUUAAAAAUGGAAGAAAAACUGCAGCAGUGCAUUUUUAAUGGCCUAUACCAGUCGUUUUCCACCUGCACGCUCAUUCCCGACCCUUCUUUUAAGUUGCCUACUCAAUGCAAAAACACCAAGAACGACUGGAUAGACUGGCAACGAUCAAAAUAAUUAAUUAACAAACGAAAACAAAACAUUCUUGUGUUUAGUGGGCCACCUGGGAGAGCAGGUCGCAAACCAGUGUUCUUACGGAAAGCAACCUGUAUAGGCCAUAGGAAAUGCACUGCUGUCAUUUUUGUUCUAUUAUUACUACUCCCGAGUUGUCCGAAAAGGAUAAUCGUAGAACUUUGGGCGAAAUGACGUUUUGGUUUUGUUCAGGUGUGUACAUUUGAAAAUCACUUUUGGUAGGCAUUCCAAAUGGGAAAGUUUUUAUGGCCGCACCCUGUAUAAUCUUUCCUGCAGUUUUGCAGCGCUUUUUCUCCCUAGUCUGACCCAACCGUGGUGCAAUAACUGAUAUAUAAUUUGGACUUGACUUCAUCAACUACCUUUUCACAUAGAUAGCAUAAUU